CACGGAGAAAUUGCCCUAAUUUGUGCAGAGAGAGAGAGAGGUGCGGCGAUCUUCGAGCUUCUUUUUUUUCCGAUGAAGACCGUCACCGGAAGAGUUAUUAGUGCUGAACCAAUCUCACUCUCCAAAGCAGCUACGCUUCUCUCUAGGUUUACUUCUUCCGAUAAUGGAGCCUCUCAAGACGUUAGAGCAUAUCUCCAACGAGCUUCUGCUGCCUUCACCGAAUUAAAGAGUUUCCACAGGGAGAUUAGAUCGAAGGAGACGAAGCCAAGCUCCGAGACGAGGAGUGAGCAGAAUGUUACCGAAGAAAUCGAUGGUGGGGAGGCACGUGACCGGAAAAGUGAAGGUAUGAGUGAGGAAUCAGUUUACGGAAGGGAAAAGGAGAAGAAGAAUAAGAGGAACAGAGAGGAAGAUGUUAUUGAUGAGAAGGUUGAGGACAAGGAAAUGAGCGAAGAUAGAAAAGAGAGAAAGAAGGAGAAGAAGAAGAAGAAGAAGAAGAAGAAGAAGAAAGAUGAAGUUGUUAUUGAUGAGAAGGUGGAGGAAAAGUUGGAAGACGAGGAUAUGAGCGUAGAUAGAAAAGAGAGAAAGAAGAAGAAGAAGAAGAACAAAGAUGAAGAUGUUAUUGAUGAGAAGGUGAAGGAUAAGUUGGAAGACGAGGACAUAAGCAAAGAGAGAAAGAAGGAGAAGAAGAAGAAGAAGAGUGAGGAAGAGAUGGCUUCAGAGGAGAGGAAGAGCACAAAAAAGAGGAAGAGUGAUGACGAGAUGGGUUCAGAGGAGAGGAAGAGCAAGAAAAAGAGGAAAUUGUAAGAGCUUGAUUGAUGGUUAAAGUUGGUUUAUUUGGGAGAAUUUUGUAGUGGAAAUUUUACAAAUCUUUCAAAUUUUGGUUUCAAGUGUAGUUGAAGAUGUUACUUGGUGACAAUUAAGAUUGAGAAAGAUUUGAUUUUUUUGGAUUUCUCUUGUUAGUUUAUGUUGCCUGCAUUCAAGUUUUUGUUGUUUUGGUAGUGUGAUGCUACCCUCUUAUAUCCCUGACUAUAUUUGGAAGAUGUUUGAAUGCAAAGGUUUGGAACUUAGAGA